AUGGAUAUUCAAACUUAAUAAUUAAAUGUAUAAGUGGCAGUCAGAGUAAGGCCUUUAAGCAACAAGGAACUAAAUGCAAAGGACGAAUGUUGUUUGAAGAAUGAGGAAACCAGAGUAUUAAUAACUAUAAUAUAGAUAAUUUUGCCAUAAAGUGGAAAAAUCUUUACUUUUGAUCAUGUCUUCAAUUAGGAUUCAAACUAGGAGGAGAUUUUUGACAGGUAAGGAUUGGAAUUCCUAUUUUCUAGUUGUGUAACCAAUUUAGUUUAAAGAUGCUUUGAGGGAUAUAAUAGUACAAUAUUGGCAUAUGGCCAAACAGGUUCUGGGAAAACCUUUACAAUGGGAACCUUAGGUUUGGAUCAAUAUUCUGGUUUAAUAUUGUGAUUAAUACAUAGACUAGAACGAAUGGGGAAUGAUACCAAGAGCAGUUUAUUUAUUAUUUGAUGAAGUGGAGAAAAGGAAACAAGAAUUAGACUAGGACAUAAUUAUUACAUGUUCAUACAUAGAAUUAUAUAAUGAAUAAAUAAUUGAUUUGCUAAAUGAAUCAACGAUGAAAUCUAAUUUAUAACCAACAAUAAGAGAGGAGAAGGAUCAUACAAUUUCAAUUCAAAAUUUAACAUAAAUAUCAGUAAUGAAUCCUUAGGAUAUGCUUCAAAUAUUAAAUAAAGGAGGAACCCAUAGAACAACAGCAGCAACUCAAAUGAAUUUGAAUAGUUCAAGAUCCCAUGCGAUAUUUACAAUUUAUUUUAAAAUAAACCCAGAAUCAGAGGAAGAAUCUCUAAGUGCCAAAUUUCAUUUUGUAGAUUUGGCUGGUAGUGAGAGACUAAAAAAAACUCUGGCUAUAGGUAAGCAGAUGGAAGAAGGGAUUAAUAUUAAUUAAAGCCUUUUGGUGUUAGGGAAUGUAAUUAAAACAUUAAGUGA